GCCACGUCAGCAGUGCCACAUCAGCAGUGCCACGUAAGUAGCAGUGCCACGUCAGCAACAUGACGGGCCUGCCAGGCCAACUGCCCAACGAGCCACUUGCAGCCUACAAGCAGUGGUUCAAGGCUCGGAUAGAGGCUGAGGAACAAUGCCAGCUGGCAGCCGAGGCUGCCCGCGUACAGGCUGAAGAGGCAGCAGCAGCAGAGCAACUGCAGCUACAUGCCGAUGCAGACGCAGAUGCCCAGGCUCGCCGCAAGGAAGCCCAGGAUCUUCUGCAGCGGCAUGAAGCCAACAGCAUCGACAGACUCAAGUUCUGGCAUUUUGAACCAAACGGCGACGAGGCAACACCGGAAGAGAAGCACAAGGAGUUCGUCUCCAAACUCGUGACAAGGUUGUUGUACACUUUCAACUACCAACGGUCAGAGUUGGAGAGACAAUACCAAGACCUGACGCAACAGCAUCAGGAGUUGGCAAAGCUCCGCCGCAUGGUGCAGAGCCAUGAGGAUGCAACUCGGGCACUCAAUGCCCGAUUGCUGGACCUGGAACAGGCUGUACCAGGACCAGCUGCUGGGGCUUCCAGCAGUGCACCCUCUAGCCGCCAACUGGAGGACCGUGUUGACCACGUAGUGGCAAUGCUUGGCGACAUCAGCACUUUCGCUGCGCCGACCACCACCAUCAACAGUCAGCUGCAUACAUUGAAGACCGAGGUCCAGCAGCUGCAGAUGACGAACGCGGAUGGCAACCCGAAGAUGUAUAAGAAGCCAACUUUCAAUCUGGAGAGGUUCAACGACUACACGCAGCAGGAUCCGGUCCUCUGGUGGGAAGCAUUCACAACGCAACUUAGGAUUCUGCCUGUAGCCAAGCAUGCGUACAUCGGCGCCCUGUUCCUGAACUCAAAGGGCGGAUGCCAGACCUGGUUGAGCCACCUGGCAACCUCCCACGGCGUCGACGUACCAGACUUGAAGGACAAAAUCACAUGGGAGAAACUGACACGGCUGGCGGUUCAUCGUCGACGACGCGCCGACACUCGCCAUCAACCGUCUGUUUACCAUGUCACAGGGCAACACUGCAACAUGGGACUGGCUCACGGAGUGGCAGAAGAUUGCGGCAGUGCCCAAUCUGGAUCUGCCUUUCACUCAUCUCAGACGUGAGUUCUACAACAGGUCCUGUGCUGCAUUGAGCCAGGCUCUUGGUGAUCGUGAGUAGUACUCCACUUUCGCCGAGAUUAUCGA